GCCGCGCGCGUUACGCUCGUUUACACGAAUCGGUGUAGGUAAAUCGGCGUCCCGAUAAUACAACGGUAAUUGGACACACUUAAUUGCAACCGGUGAGAUGUGGUGCACGAGUUCACCGCGAUCCUUUGUUUGUUAAUCAUUAACUUUUUUUUUUUGCUUUUCAUUCCCACACCACCCCCACACGUGUUGUGUUUUGUCCGUACGCAGAGUACGUUUGAACGUGCGGGUGAAAUCGGCACGCAUCGGGUUCAACAAUCGACGUGAACAGCAGUGACGGGUCGAAGCGAUGACGAGCCACAGCGGCCGUUGAAUGUGCUGCGAGGGUUGAUCGAGGACAAGGCGCGAUGAACUGGACGGUGGCGAACGUGACGGACGGGGUGACGGACGAGUACGACGACGUGAUGACGGCGAUGUCGGAGGCCGAUUGGCGGUCGACGUUUGGUGAACGGUUCCCGCUGUCCGUGGUGCUGAUGCUGUUCUGCAUGGUGACCGUGUUCGGCAACUGCCUGGUGAUCAUAGCCGUGGUCCGGGAACGGUACCUGCACACGGCCACCAACUACUUCAUCACGUCGCUGGCAUUCGCCGACUUCUUGGUGGGCCUGGUAGUGAUGCCAGUGAGUGCGGUGCACGAGGUGCUCGACCACUACUGGACGUUCGGCAUAAACGCGUGCGACGUGUGGCGAUCGCUGGACGUGUUGUUCAGCACCGCGUCCAUACUGAACCUGUGCGUGAUCUCGUUGGACCGGUACUGGGCGAUCACCGACCCAUUCACCUACCCGACCAAGAUGAGCCGGAGGCGUGCGUACCGGCUGAUCGCGGCUGUCUGGGUAUGUAGCAGCGUCAUCAGCUUCCCGGCCAUCAUCUGGUGGCGGCUGGUGCGCGCCGAACCCGUGCCGCGGCACACAUGCCCGUUCACCAACAGCACCGGUUACCUGAUCUUCUCGUCCACCAUAUCGUUCUACGUGCCGCUGCUAGUCAUGGUGUUCACUUACUACAAGAUCUACACCGCGGCCGUCACGCAGACCCGGUGCCAGCGGCUGGGCACCAAGGUGCUGUCAUCCGCCACCUCGGGCUUCAGCGGUGGUUGCGGUGGCGGCGGUGGUGGAGGUGGUGGCAGUGGCAGCGGCGGUGGUGGCAGCAGUGGUGGUUGCGGCAGCCGGAGUGGUAACGGCGUCUGGGGCGGUGGCCGGAGUGGCGACAGCGGCGGCGGUGUGGCCGGUGGUGGGCGCAUGGAGCUCACAUUGCGCAUACACCGCGGUGGCGGCACGACCACUUCCGCGUCGGCCACGAGCGGCGCCGGGUACGCGCGUGCCCACCAGCUGCAGAAGAACUUCUCGCUGAGUCGGAAGCUGAGUAAGUUCUCGCGCGAGAAGAAGGCGGCUAAAACAUUGGGCAUCGUCAUGGGCGUAUUCAUCGUGUGCUGGCUACCGUUCUUCGUCGUCAACCUGCUGUCCGGGUUCUGCGACGAGAGCUGCGUUUUCAAGGACCAGCUGCUAUCUUCCGUCGUCACGUGGCUCGGUUGGAUCAAUAGCGGCAUGAAUCCGGUCAUAUACGCGUGCUGGAGCAGAGAUUUCCGCAGAUGAGAAGAAUGGACAAGUACACGUGGAUGCUAACGCCGCCGUGCCACGAUCCAGGAAUUAAUAACGGACGAUAGAUUACGUUGAUGUGCAGUACUGAUAUAGUGCGCAGUAUGUGGUACACCGCAUAUCGUACUGGAUCAUAAAUCGUGCAGGUUUUUUACCUCCUGUCUGUGGCCCUUUCGGUUCCGUAAGAUAAUUAUUAUACGCCACGCAGCAGUCAGAGCGUCGAAAACCCAUUAGAAAAAGUAAACUAACCGCUGUGCGCCUACGCGAGAAGAAAAAAUGAAUAAAAACACAUUUGCCUGGGAUGGCGGUGGUACAAACGAAUUCUAGUGUUCAAGUAGCAGUUGCAUUUGGGUUUUGUAUUCGAAAAUUUACUAAAACACCUCUCCUCUAGAUAAUUAUACGCAUCGAUUACCGUUGUGUCUCAGAGUAUUUUUUUUGUUCCGACCAGUGAUUUAGUUAUAACAGUCUAAUUACCACAUAUUCUCAUACAACGAA